GGAGAGUCUAUGCUAUGCUACCUGCUCUAGUACUCUAGUGCUGUGUGUCUCUCCAUCAGCUACGAUCUAUCUCUGCAUGUGUAUAUAUAUACAUGCAUGCUACUCAUCCAUCCAUCCGUCCAUCCAUCCAUCCAUCCAUCCAUGGAGUCGUCGUCGACGAUGCUGCAGCAGCCGCCGGCGCGCGUGGAGUCGCUCAGCCUCAGCGGCCUCUCCGCCAUCCCGCCCGAGUACGUCCGCCCCGCCCACGAGCGUGCCGGCCUCGGCGACGCCUUCGACCUCGCCCGCACCCAUGCGGAUGACGAACCGCGGAUCCCCGUCGUCGACAUCUCCCCCUUCGUCAUGACCACCAGUAAGCAGCAGCAGCAGGAGUGCGUGGAGGCGGUGCGCGCGGCGGCUGCCGAGUGGGGCGUCAUGCACAUCGCCGGCCACGGCAUCCCCGCCGUCCUGAUGGACCGCCUGCGCGCCGCGGGCACCGCCUUCUUCGCCCUCCCCAUCCAAGCCAAGGAGGCCUACGCCAACGACCCUGCCGCCGGCCGCCUGCAGGGCUACGGCAGUCGCCUCGCCACCAACGCCAGCGGCCAGCGCGAGUGGGAGGACUACCUCUUCCACCUCCUCCUGCCCGACAGCCUCGCCGACCACGCCCUCUGGCCCGCGCACCCGCCCGACUACAUCGCCGCCACCCGCGAGUUCGGCCACCGUGUCCGGGAGGUGGCGUCCAGGCUGCUCGCCAUCCUCUCGCUGGGGCUCGGCCUGCAGAACGAGGACAGGCUAGAAAAGGAGCUCACCCAGGCAGAGGCAGCAGGAGCGGCGAAAGAAGCAGAGGGCCUCCUCCUGCAGAUGAAGAUCAACUACUACCCGAGGUGCCCGCAGCCGGAGCUGGCCGUGGGUGUGGAGGCCCACACGGACGUCAGCGCGCUCUCCUUCAUCCUUCACAACGGCGUGCCGGGCCUGCAGGUGCUCCACGGCGGGCGGUGGGUGACGGCGCGCUCGGAGCCGGGCACCAUGAUCGUGCACGUGGGCGAUGCCCUGGAGAUCCUCAGCAACGGACGCUACACCAGCGUGCUGCACCGCGGCCUCGUCAACCGCGAGGCGGUGCGCGUCUCCUGGGUCGUCUUCUGCGAGCCUCCACCCGACGCCGUGCUGCUACGGCCGCUGCCGGAGCUGGUCACCGACGCCCAGCCCGCCAUGUUCACGCCGCGCACGUUCAAGCAGCACCUCGACCGCAAGCUCUUCAAGAAGCAGCAGCAGCAGCAGCUAGAUCAGCUAAACGAGCACGACCAAGCAGAUCUGCAAGUGAUCAGUUGAUCAGCGACAGCCAACUGAACUAUGAUCGAACAAAAUCAAACGUGACCCUAAUUAUAUAUAUCCAUGCAUCCAUCUAAUAAAUAAAAAUUGAUCA